UCCACUUGAGCGUUCUGGAAGUAAUAUUUGCAAACCAUACAGCUUGGGAUACCUCCAUUCACCAAUUAACAUAUCCCAAUUGAGCAAUUUACUCAGUGCAAUGUUCGCGCUUUGCGAAUAGGUAUUGGCAACUUGCGAAAGAUUUUGGCAGACAGCAAUGUGGAAUAACCAGUGGCAGAGUGGUGGCUGGCCCAUGCAGCAACAUUUCAUGGGAUUGUCAGCUGAUCAGGUGGACUGGGCUUCAUUGGCGAAGCAGUGGAUUGCCCAGAAGGAGUCUGUACCAGUCCAUCAUGAUCUUUCACAGGCCCCACCCCCUCCCCCUUCUUCAGACCCAGGUGGUGACAACAUGGACCUGGACCAGAAUGGAGAUAUGAAGGGUAAUGAAGAAGGAGGGUAUAUGGGCCAGCAAUCCUGGGGCUGGAACAACCAGAUGCAGGCCAAUCAGUGGAACGGACCUCCACAGGGCUGGGGACCUUCCCCUGGGGACAAGAUGGGCAUGCAGCAAGGGUUUGACUACAACCACAGCAGUUUCCAGCAGUUUGACUACAACCAUGGCGGUGAAUACCAGGGCUUUGAGAACAAGGGAAAAGAGUUUCAUGGGGAAGGUGGGUGGGGCAGGGGGCCCCCACCAGGACAGUUCAUGCAUCAGGACCCAGGCUUCCAGCGGCCCUUACGACAUCUGUCACCACAUGAGGAUGAGUCUGUCAUACUGGAUGCGGCUCGACGAAAGACUUUGCCAGCCUGGAUAAGGGAAGGGUUGGAAAAGAUGGAAAGAGAAAAACAAAGAAAAUUGGAAAAAGAACAGCAACAGAAGGAAGCGGAUGCAGCCAGGGUUGCCAAGGAGCAGGCAGACAAGGAGGCUGAGGAGCAACUGAAGCAGGAAAAGGAGGGCUACCAGGGCGGGCCACGCAUACCGCGCAAGAGCAAAUUUGACUCAGAUGAUGAGAAGGAGGAGGAGUCAGGCAAGGAAGGGUCAGUGUCCCCUGCCCCUAGACGUCGCUCUGGGUCUGGUACGACGUCCCCCAAGCCCCGCAGGAAGUCCACUCCAGAACGACGGAGUCCGUCUCCUCUGAAAACUGAGGAAGAAAAGCAGGCAGACCUGAUGAUGCGUGUAAGGCGGAUGUUGACAGAGAUUUUACUAGAAGUGACGGACUCUGAGGUGAGGGCGAUGGCAAGGGAGGUCUAUAACAGAGCCAGGAUCCACGCCUCCAAAGCUCCAGCUACUCAGCUUGCCAAGUCUACUGCUUUGGCCACUAUUACGGGUCUUGGUCUUGGCUAUGGGGACAGUGAUGAUGACCAGAGCGAUGAAGACCAGGACAGGGGAGAAGAUAAGGAGGAAGAAGAUGGUCAAUCAUCGUCUGACAAUGAUGAUAAUUAUGAGGAACGACUCCGCAGAAAACGGGAGGUUUUUGAGAGGGCCCAACGCAGUCGUCUGGACGACAUUGAGCGUGAAGAAGCGGAACUCAUCAGCAAGAAAAAACAUGAAAUCCAAAAUACUCCAUCCUUUUUGAAAGAGCCAUUGUCAGAGUCGAAGAGUAAAUACCCAUUUAAACAGCGCAAACAUGAGGAAAUUCCUGGACUAGAAAACAAUAAUAGUGACUCUGAUUCUAGUGAGAAAGUGGUGCAAAAAACUAAGAAAGAAAGGCAUGAAAGUGGUCAGAAAUCUAAGCAAGUUAAGCAAGAAGUAAGCAAUGAUAAGCGUGAUAGAAACAGGGAGAGUGUCUCAAAAAGAAAACCUAAAAAGGAAAGCUCAGUUAGUUCAAGUAGUAGUGGAAGUAGUUCAUCUAGUUCAGACUCUGAUAGUUCUAGCUCUGAGUCUAGCUCUAGUUCAUCGUCAGUGUCUGCUAAAAAGUCUGGAAAGUCAAAGAAUAAAUUUAGCAGACAAGAUAGCAAGUCAGACAGGGUUGUGCAUAGAAGUGACUCAAAGAAAGAAUCGGAGAAGGAUAAAAAUGAUAAAGAAAGGCAAAGGCAAGAAAGUGAGAGGGACAGGGAUAGGGAAAAGCGUAGGCGAGAGAGUGAUGUGAGCUUGGAUAGGGAAAAGAGACUAGAAAAAGAGAGGUCAAAAAGGAAAAGCAGAAGUUUGUCUCGUGAAAAGAGGAAGGAUAAGGAGAGGAGCAGGUCAAGGGAGAAAGCUAGAAAGAAAGAGAGAAGUGUGUCAAGGGAAAGACGUAGAGACAGGAGUCGAUCGAGGGAGAAAGUCAGCGAGAGAGAUAGCAGGGAGAAAAGGAAGGAGAGGGAUAUGAGUAGAUCUGGGAACAAAGGGAGAGAAAGAGAUCGCAGCAGGUCAAAUGAAAGAAGUGACAGGCAUGACAAGAGCGAAAGAUCCAAGAAAAAUGACAAAAAGGCUGCAGAUAAAAAUAGGUCAAGGGACAAUUCUUAUGAUGAUCAUGAUAAUGGCUCUAAGUCAUCAAAGUCUCGUAAAGAAAACCAGGAAUCUAAACCAAAACGAAGGGAGCGCUCUCGGUCGGACUCAUCGGAAAAUGAGCACCGAGCUCAGGUUAAGCGAAGGCCAGCGAGCCGCGACUCCAGUGCCACUCGUGACUCAAGUCGCCGUGGCAACAGGUAUGAGAGGGAGGAGGUUGAGUCAGCCGACAGAAGCGGUAAGAAGUCGAGUCACAAACGCAGGUCCAGAUCAAGGUGGGCAAUCUAUUUCUUACUAUCUCUAAUGAGCAUUUUUUCGUCACAUUUCAUGUCUUACAUGUUUGCUUAUCCACAUAUUUUGUGAUGACGAUUUAAGUAUAUUAAAUGUACUUCAAUUAAUAUCAGGCUGUUCAUAGAUUUUGUGAUUUUAAACUUAUCGUAUGAGAAAUUGUUAUAUAUACAUUUAGAUUUAAUUAGUAUGUAGUGUACAAUAUGUUAAAUGUGCAUUUUGAUGUACUUAGUAUGUAGUGUACAAAUGCAUUUAUGUAUGUUCUUGUAGUUGGUUGUGUAUUUUGGAAACUUGUGUUGCUUUUCAUGUGUAGUUUUACAUGGAUACGGCUAUUAGAUUUUUAAUUAAAAAACAGCUUUUUUGAUUAACGAUACGUAUUUCAUUUUCAAUUAAGAACCACAAUAUUUCUAGUAAACUUAAGUCGACAAUGAUUGAACAUGUAAGUGGAUAAAGUUCAUUUCUUUUCAGAUAAAUUUGGGAUCUGCCUACGAUGUUUCUAAAGCUUUAGACCACUGGAACCCGAAUGUUUACGUAAAUUGCAUGUUAUACCAUGUCUGUUGUUUUGUGGUUUAAUUAUUUCUUUGAUAUGUAAUUAAAUUGUAUAUAGACGUAUUUGUUAUAAAUCCUCAUUUUUGCC